AUGUUGCACACGCAGCCCCUCUACGCUGGGCAGUGCUGUUUGGCAGAUGUCCUGGUAAGUAAUCUUAGCAAGAGAAACUCCCCUCCCCAUGAAUUUCUCCAUUUUCUCUUAGGUCGUGUGAUAGGUAAGUUUCUCUGCUCUGGAGAGAAGGAGGUAGAUUUGGCUGUGCAGAGCGCAAAAGCUGCCUUUAAAAUAUGGAGUCAGAAAUCAGGCAUGGAACGGAGCAGAGUACUGCUGGAGGCGGCCAGGAUUAUCCGGGAACAGAGGGAUGAAAUUGCCAAGAUGGAGACCAUCAACAAUGGGAAAUCCAUCUUUGAAGCCAGAGUGGAUGUUGAUAUAUCUUGGCAGUCCCUGGAGUAUUAUGCAGGGCUAGCAGGGUCUCUAGCAGGUCAGCACAUCCAGCUUCCUGGAGGGUCCUUUGCUUACACUAGAAGAGAGCCACUUGGGGUAUGCGUUGGGAUCGGAGCCUGGAACUACCCCUUUCAGAUUGCCUGUUGGAAGUCUGCUCCAGCCUUGGCAUGCGGUAAUGCCAUGAUCUACAAGCCCUCUCCCCUCACCCCCAUAUCAGCAGUGAUGUUGGCAGAGAUCUUCAGCAAAGCUGGUGUGCCCAAAGGGUUGUUCAGUGUGGUGCAAGGUGGAGCUGCCACCGGCCAGUUUCUUUGCCAUCACCCAGAUGUGGCCAAGGUUUCUUUCACUGGGAGUGUGCCAACAGGCAUCAAGAUCAUGGAGAUGUCAGCCAAAGGAGUCAAACCAGUCACACUGGAGCUGGGGGGCAAAUCCCCUCUCAUCAUCUUCUCUGAUUGUGUCUUGGAGAAUGCCGUGAAAGGAGCUCUGAUGGCCAACUUCCUCACCCAGGGGGAGGUUUGCUGCAAUGGCACUCGAGUGUUUGUGCAGAGGGAGAUCCUGGACACUUUCACAAAGGAAGUGGUGAAACGCACACAGAAGAUUAAAAUUGGAGACCCGCUUCUGGAGGACACAAGGAUGGGGGCUCUCAUUAGCCAGCCCCACUUGGAGCGAGUCCAGGGAUUCAUUAAGCAGGCGAAGGAGCAGGGGGCAAAAGUGCUAUGCGGUGGCAAUCUGUAUGUUCCAGAUGAUCCCAGACUGAAGAAUGGAUACUACAUGCAACCCUGUGUUCUAGGGAACUGCAGAGAUGACAUGACAUGUGUGAAAGAGGAGAUCUUUGGACCUGUAAUGUCUAUCCUACCAUUUGACACUGAGGAGGAAGCUGUAGAGAGAGCCAAUAACACCCCAUUUGGGCUCGCGGGUGGUGUCUUCACCAGGGAUAUCCAGCGGGCUCACAGGGUGGUAGCUGCUCUCCAGGCUGGUAUGUGCUUCAUUAAUAACUACAACAUCAGCCCAGUGGAGCUGCCAUUUGGAGGAUACAAGAUGUCAGGGUUUGGCAGAGAGAAUGGCAAAGCAGCAAUGGAGUAUUACUCGCAGCUGAAAACUGUCUGUGUGGAGAUGGGGGAUGUGGAGUCUGUAUUCUAAUGGCUUCAGGCCUUGCUGGGAUGCAGCUGACCCUUCUCAUGUCAGCCAGAGACCUGCAGUAAUUUUUACAUGGUAGUAAUAAAAAUGCCCUGAAUAUCAAGUAACAAGUGCCAAGGGGGGGAAAAGUGGGGGAAUAUGUUGCAGUCCCACAAGCAAUAGGGACUUAGGCUUCUGGGUAUGUCACUCUUCACUGUCUGCAGGGGAGACUGACACACACAAUGUCACAUGAUUCAGUACCAGCUCAUAUUGAAGCAUUCAUACUACACAAAAGGGCUAUAACCAUAAGAGUUCCUGAUUGAGUACUGGAAUGGGCCUGGGCCCUUUUCUGUAUGGUGUGGCUGAGGUGAGAGAAGACAGUGUCUGCUACACCCCAAACUCGUUCUCUUGUGUUUGGGCUCACUAAAAAAGUGUUACUGCAAUUAAUGCACACAAACAUUUAAUGGUAGAAGAAUUGGCCCAGGAGCAGUAGACAGAGUGGGCUGUAAGUUCUACUUCUAUUUCCUGUAUUAAGCUCUCUUAGCUUGACAAGGCUAGAGGCUUCACACCAGGUUUUGAACCUAAGCUGGCUGUUGCUAUAUGCAUUGGUCACUUGAAGAGGCCUGACUGACACCAUCCAGCACAUGUGUAGUAAGGGUAGUGUUUAAUGAUGCCAAGCAGCUAUGAGAUGCUGCUACAUCACCUCCAUCAGAAUGAAUAUUGGUGCUGAGUUGUUUGACACCCCCAUGCUCCCCUCCCUUCCCCCUCUGCUCCUUAAGUAGCUUGCUUAUUGCUGUUUAUAUACUUUCAGAAAUCACUGUAAAACAAGUGUCUAACUCCUUAUUGAGGAAGCAAGUAAAAUUUCAGACACAGCUUUUAGACUUAUUUUGUGCAAGUAUAGGAGACGCCUGAAGGCAUUUUCUUUGCCCUCUAAGGCAAAGGCAGGGUCAAUGUUAAAGGCAUCCUCUGCAAGGCAUACUUUUAUUACUAGUUGAAACUGUCCAGAAAAUGUGGAGGUGGUCUGUGUUAGAAUUACUGGCUGCCUUACCCAUAAUGAAUCCAAGCAGUUUUCUGAUUCAUAGGUUGUGUUUCAUCCUGUUAUCAAAGUCAGGGUUUGCCUAGCUGGCAUUUCAGGAGUUAACUCAAAAGCAAAUCUCACCCACAGCAGAGCUGCUGUCCAGAUUACAGAGUGUAAAUAAAGUCUCAGUUGCCAGCAGGAUCUUUUAAAACAAAGCAAUGAUCGCAAAUUUAAAGAAGUAAAACUGCGGAGGGUAGAGUACAGUAAGCUUCUCACCAGAGCUGGCUGGCUCUCUUCUCCUAGCAGGUGAUAACUAACUUGAUUCUAACGCUUUCUAUUGUGUAAAAUAGAAUACAAUUGCUGCAGGAAUUCAGAUCAAACCAAAGGAAGUGAUGAGAAAAGCUUAAAAGGUAGUCAGAGUUUGUGCAGCUGAAGAGAUGAACCAGACAAAGGUAGUAACACCAAGGAGUUAUUUGGAGUGCUGCAUACACUUAAGUAGGAAGAAAGGUAUAAAUGUAAAUUCUCAAUUUAAGAUGACAGAAGUUCUGCAUAAGGCCUGUUUUUAAAUUUUGGCAUAGGCUUCAGCUCAUGUAUAAGAUGCAUAACUGGAUGAGCUGAAAUGGUAUAGGGCAGAGAUGUUAAACAUACAGUUUGUGGGCUGGAUGUCAUGCAGAGUUCCCAGAGAGGCCAGGAAUUCAGGGGCAGGCCUGCUGCUGAAAUCCAGGAUGCAGAACCCUGUUGAGGAUGUGUGGGGGCAGCAGGGGGCAAGCAAUGGCUAUGUUAACUGCCACAUCCAGAUCUGGCCUGUAUGGAGCCCCACAGUCUGGAUCUGGCCUUGAGGGCCAACUGAGUUUGACACCCCUGGUACAGGGAAGAUAUCUAAGGAAACCAGUUCUAGGUUGUCAUCUAUUGAGGGCAUAAAGCCUUUUCAAUAAAGAGUAACUCUGAA